UCCAGUAAUGGGAACCCACCAGAGAGAUGUCCCCAUAUUCUGUCUUCCCGGGAUUCCACACAGGAAGAUCAUGAGAUCCCUUACUAUGAUCAGUUUGAAGACCAGAUUGAUAUUAAAAUUGAAGUUAAAGAUGAAGAUGAGAUGUACAUGUGGAGUGAUGAACGAUGUAAGGAGGAGGACGAUCCUUCAGAGGUCGGCACAGCGAACGGGCAAAAUUUCAUGGGAGGACCCCAACAGGACAACGUUGUGCCAAGCUGUCCAGUGGUAAGCGUAAUGCUGCCAAGCGUCCAUCCGGAUUUCCAUAGUGAGGAUUCUUCUAUCAGUGAGUCACAUAUUGCUCCCUCAAGUUUCUACGAAGGACUUCAUGGGUCGGAGAGGUCAUUUGAUCCUUGCAACCUUGAGGAGUCUGCUCCUAGUACAUCCAAUGCAGGCUUUCAAAGUGUGGAUUGGUCACCAGAUCUUUCUAACCCCGAUGGACCUUUUUCCGGUCAAUUAUACACCGGGAUCCAUGAUUCAGAACUUACGGAUGAAAAAGACUUUCCUUGUUCCGAGUGUGGGAGACAUUUUACCAGCCAAACUGACCUUUUGAGACACUAUAGAUCUCACAUGGUGGAGAAGCCGUUUUUUUGCAUCAAAUGCGGUAAACACUUCUCCCGUCAAUCCCACCUUAAGGAGCACAAGAAGGUUCAUUCGGACGAGCGCCCCUUUCCAUGCCCCGACUGCGGCAAACGUUUUCUACGCCGGUCGGGUCUUGCCGAACAUCGGAACCUGCUGCACACGUUUCUCGCGGACAGUAAGCUGUUACUUUGCGUUGACUGCGGGCAAUGUUUUCCGCAUCAGUCAGAACUCAAUCAUCAUCAGUUAAUUCACAAGCAACAGAAAUCAAAGGACUUGGCUGUUUCCAACCGCCAGACAGAUGACUUGGCCAAGAAGCCGUUUCAGUGUCUCGAAUGUGGAAAAUUUUUUGUCAGUAAAGAUUACAUCAUUAAACAUCAGAGGCACCAUGCGGGCGAAGGCCUUCCUUGUCCGGAAUGUGGGAAACGCUUUUUGCGCCAGUCUCACCUUAGUGCACACGUCCUAAUUCACACUGGGGAGAAGCCAUUCCUCUGCCCUGAUUGCGGCAAGUGUUUUAACCAGAAAUCCUCCCUGACUAAGCACCGCCAGACUCACAAAGGUCAAACCUUUACCUGCCCGCACUGCGGAAAAUACUUCCCACAAAGAAUGGACCUCAGGAACCACCUAAAGGUUCAUACAGGCUUGAAGACGUUUGCAUGCUCGGAGUGCGAGAAGUGCUUUCUAAAGAAGUCACACCUGACCGAACACCAAAGGGUUCACACGGGUGAGCGGCCCUUCUCUUGUCCGGACUGCGGGAAGAGCUUCAACCAGAAGUCUGCCAUGACUAAGCACUGUAAGAUUCACAAACGCGCAAGCUUUACCUGCCCGCAGUGUGAGAGAAGUUUUGUGACGAAAUCAGAACUGAAGAACCACCUGAAGGUUCAUGAAGGCUUGGAGACGUACACGUGUUUGGAGUGCGAGAAGUGCUUUCUCAAGGAGUCAGAGCUGAUUGAACACCGGAGGGUUCACGCAGCCGAGCGGCCUUUCUUGUGCUCAGAUUGCGGAAAGUCUUUCUCCGAGAUGACCUUCCUUAUUGACCAUGCCAGAGUCCACUUGGAAGAGAAGCCAUACUCCUGUGAGUGCGGGGAACACUUUGCUACAGAAGCAUAUGUAGAGGCUCAUCAGAACCUUCAUAAGGAGGAAGCAAGUUUUCCUGUAAGAUAAAGCGAUUUUCCUCUGCUAGCCAAUUAGAAUCCAAUAAAAUAAAAUAAAAAACUCUUUCAGGAGUAAGGCCUUCCACUAACCUCAAUGGUGGACCAGUUCUGUUGAGUUUCUAAAGCUUUCUAGCCAGGUAUAGAAGGCUGUGAAUACUUCAAAAGGUCUACCGGUUGGCCAGAGCCUUCCUGAAAAUGGGAUACUGGAUGUUGGUAUUAUUUCUCCAUUAAAAAAGUGUUUCAGUUUAUCCAGGCAAAACUUUUUUUAUUUUUAUGGAUAGACUGAAGAACAGUUAAAGCUUCUGUCAGGCCUAAUGCCGUGUACACACGAUCAAAAAUUU